AUGGAGGACGGAGUAUAUUAUCUGCUCGGACUCUUUGACGUCUUUAUGCCGCUUAUCUAUGACGAGGGCGACAACGCAUUUCGCCGACUUAGGGAGGAGAUCAACAAACAGUUUGGCGGUAAUGUCGCUGCCUGUCUUGGUAUUGUUGAUGAUUUCAGAUCACCAGGAUGGUGCCAGAGACCGGCGCCGCUCAAUGAUGUUGAUGACUUCAGUGGGCGAGCCUCCGACUUCGGUUAG